AUGAAUAAUCCUGGAGAUAACUUGAAUGAAACGGAGGUAACCGGGUGCAAUUGUAUGGUAUGCAACGAACCGGAUCAUGCUGACGUUGGUAUGGUGGGAUGUGACAACUGCUCUCAAUGGUUCCACUUUAAAUGCGUGGGAGUCUCCGCUGAUGUGAAAGACGUUUCUUGGCAUUGUAAGGAAUGUGAGGCAAAGACAGUAGAAGCAAGAGGUGAAUUCGGCCGCGAAAAGAAGCAUGCUGAUGAUUCGAAGGUAUUAUCUGGCUCAACCCCGGAAGAUAUAAUUUUUUCGUCAGAACUCGUCGACUUAGAACGAGAGUUAGAGAAAAUAGAAGAAGUUCGAAGGAUGCAGCUGAAGAAGAUGGAGCUCGAGAAGAUUGUACAUCGCCGACGGUUGGAGAUACAACGAGAACUAGCUGAGCAGAAACUAGCGCUUGAGCGGGAGAAACGACAGAUGGAGCUGGACAUGGAGAAAGAGCAAUUACAGAAGGCGAUUGCAGAGGAAGAGGCUUUCUUCAAGGAACAACAAGCGAUGCGUAGUGAACUUGAAGGAAAACUGCAACAGCUGCAGCUACAGCGAAAGAAAAGCAGUUCAGAGGUUAAAGCGCUAUGUGCAGGAAGUUCUGAAAAAGGAGCUGAUAUGGAGACAGAGAGACAACCGAAAGAUUACCGUGGUACGUAUAGUAAGCACUCAACGCCAAUGAGAGCCAGAAAAAAUCCAUUGGUCGAAAAUAACCGAAAGACUGAGGACCAUUUGACAGUCAUAGGUGAUGAUUCUACCUCAGAAUCGGAUUGCGGUACAUCUAAAGGAUCGCAGUCAGUGCAAAGGCUUCAAAAAGGGCCGACUAAAGCGCAGUUAUCAGCUAGACAGUUUCUUGCUAAAAAGCUGCCGGUCUUCACUGGACGUUCGGAGGACUGGCCGAUGUUUAUAUCGAGCUUCGAGACGACAAAUGAAGCGUGCGGUUUCUCUAAUGUUGAGAAUUUGGCACGGUUACAAGAGUGCUUAAAGGGCCAAGCCUUGGAAUCCGUGCGUAGUCGAUUGCUUUUGCCGGAAGCAGUGCCGCAAAUAAUUGAGUCCCUGCGCAUGUUGUAUGGCCGACCAGAGCAACUCCUGUACACGCUGUUAAUGAAGGUACGGAAAGCGGAGCCGCCUAAAGCUGAACGGUUAAACACCUAUAUCACCUUUGGAACGAUCGUGCAGCAAUUAGUAGAUCAUUUGGAAGCGACAAAUCUGAAGGAUCACUUAGUAAACCCGAUGCUGAUUCAGGAAUUAGUAGAAAAACUUCCAGCCAGUACCAAAAUGGAAUGGGUACGCCAUAAACGACAGGAAAAACACGUGACACUGCGUACAUUAGCCGACUUCCUUUCAGAGAUUGUGAGAGACGCGAGUGAAGUGACAAUGUUCCACGAAGUUCCGUCCACAAUGCUAGAGAAUCGCUUGAGUAAAAAGUUCAGGAAUAAUCGCGAAGGGUACGUGCAGAGUUACAGUGCAGUAUCCGAUGCAGAAGAUAGUGAAUUACAGCAACGACGUAUACCAUGUCCCAUGUGUGAUAGAACGGAUCACCGAAUUCGGAACUGUGCCGAUUUUCGAAAGCUCAAUCCUAUCGAUCGACUUGCUGUUGUCAAUGAGUGGGAACUUUGUCAGGUCUGUUUGAAUGACCACGGAGAUGCGGAAUGUAAAUUGAACAUUGUAUGUAAGGCAGCAGGUUGUGGACAGCAUCAUAAUACAUUAUUACAUCAAUCUCAUGCUGUAACAACGGAGUGCAAUAUCCACAGUCAAACCCGUGAUGAGCGUGUCAUGUUUCGAAUUGCAGCAGUUACACUGUAUAACGGAAAUCGAUCAAUCAAUACGUUAGCGUUUUUGGACGAAGGGUCGUCAUAUACGUUGGUCGAAAGCUCGUUAGCCGAUCAACUGAAAGUCGAAGGAUUUAAUCAACCUCUGCGCGUUAGUUGGACAGCUGGUAUGUCGAGGCUUGAAAGAGAUUCGCAACAGCUCCAUCUGACAAUUUCAGCGCACGGUUCCAAAAAUAGGUUCAAAAUCCAAAACGUGCAUACGGUUAAGGAAUUGAAGCUUCCGGAACAAAAUCUAUGCUACACUGACGUGGCCAUGCAGUACAAACACCUUCAAAACCUACCGGUGUUGGACUAUGCAAUGGAACCUCCAAAAAUCCUUAUUGGACUUAAGCAUCUUCAUCUGUUUGCCCCGUUAGAAUCACGAGUGGGUAAACCAGGAGAACCGAUAGCUGUGAGAACAAAGCUUGGCUGGACCAUUUAUGGUCCACAAAUCUGGAAUAAGUGUUUGCCGUCAUAUAUAGGUCAUCAUGCUUUUACAGACCUUACUGCAGAUUUACUUCCGGAGUCGAGUGAAGAUAAGCGAACCCGGGAAAAUUUUGAGAUUACGGCGGUGAUGGUAGGUAAUCGAUGUCAGAGAGAACAGUUGCGGAGGGACGAUAGUGGAAGUGGAGACAACGAAAAGCGUGAGAGGCAAAGGCUUCGAGAGCAGGAACGCAAGUUGCGUGAAGAGCAACGGCGUCACCGGGAAAUACGAUCUCGCCAGCGUAGAGAGGAACAACUGCUACGCCGCGAGCGAACCUGUGUUAUCAAUCCAAAGGUCGAAACUCGUAGGGACAAGAGCAAAAGCAUCGUUGACCUUCUGAUAUGUCGUUCGCUGCGGGACAGCGUUUCUCUGUCUUUGCUGAAACAGCAAACUUUAUAA